AUGGACCAACAACAUGGUGGAAUACGAAGCAUGUAUCCUAGGCCUCAGGAUGGCGCUAGACAUGAACAUAAAAUAGUUGUUGGUAAUCGGGGACUCCGAUUUGCUCAUCAAUCAAGUGAAAGGAAAUUGGGCAACAAAAAUGACAAGAUACUCCCAUACGUGAAUCUAACACAAAGAUUGUAUGGAAGAUUCAAGAGUGUUGACUUCAAGCAUACUCCAAGGGCUCAGAAUGACUUCGCAAACGCAUUAUCCCUAAUAGCGUAUAUGAUCCAGCAUCCUGAGAGCACCCACAUUGAUCUGUUAGCGAUCACACUGAGAGAAGAGCAGGCUUACUACGCCUAUGUAGAGGCUAGGCCAUAUGGCCAACCAUGGUACGCCGAUAUUAAGGCCUACCUGGUAAAAGGGGAGUAUCCCCAGAGAGCUCUGCAAAUCAAAAGAAGACUGUCAGGAGAUUGGCCAAUAGCUUCUUCCAGAACAAAGAAGUACUAUAGAAAAAGGACCCUUGAUCUCGGGUUGCUCAGAUGCGUAGAUGCCGAAGAGGCCACGAAAUUGCUAAAAGAAGUGGACGUGGGGGCAUGCGGACCCCACAUGAAUGGAUUUUUCCUUGCUAAGAAAAUCCUGGGGAUAGAAUAUUACUGGAUGACCAUAGAGCAUGACUCCUGUAAAUUCCUGUAA